AUGAACCCAGAACCUUUUGGGAAUUAUUCCACCGAGGCUGAGGCUGCCGUCAACCGCUGGUCAACCUGCCUCUGCGGCUCCCACACCUACCUCUCUCUGGGCUUCUAUUUCCACCACCACGCUGCGGCUCUGGAGGGUGAGUUGGUGAAGACGGUGGCGGGUGCCGAGCAUCUCUUAGACAUGCAAAACCAGCCAGGUGGCCGGGUUCUCUUCCAGGACGUGCUGAAGUCUCCCAAGCUCUGUGACUUCUGGGAGAACCACUUCCUGGGUGAGCAGGUGGUGAAGCUCAGCAAGAAGAUGGGCAACACCUGGCUCACCUCCGCAGGCGGCCCCCAGGCUGGGCUGGGCGAGUGUCUCUUCGAAAGUUUCACCCCCAAGCACGACCAGGAGCCUCCGUUCUUUUAA